GCCGGAGUCAGUCGGUAGCGGCGCGUCCCAGGCGCGAGUCGCUGGAAAUGAAUCGGUUUAAGUACGGAUCUGUAAUGAUGGAGACCGCAUCGUCGGUCUUGAUGUCUCUCAUACGUGUACUCGCUGUGUCUUUCGUGCUCUUGUGGCCGGUAUUAAGUGAGGAGACCAGCCUGACCGGCCGUAUGCGGGCGAUCAGCGAGGAUCUAGACAGGCAACUUAAUGAGAUAAUGGCCUCGCAGGCGCUCAGCUAUUCGACGGUGAACACCGUUGGACUGCCUUACAACGCUACCACUAAGUUCAAUCCUAAGGGCAUGGGCCAGCUGUAUAACGUGACGAAUAUAUUCAUCGAUCUGGUGCAAAGCAAGCAGGCGUAUCCGGAGGGUAUGAUCACUUUGGUCGACGGCGCUCCGGCUUUUGUGGACCCUCUCAAGGAAUGGAAGAUAAUAGUAACGCAUUACGGAGGAUUGGCCGGUCUCGCUCUGAUCGGACUUAUCCUGGCAGCUAUUCUCCCCUGCGCCGGUCUCUUUUUCUGUUGUUGCAGAUGUGCGGGACAUUGCGGUGCUCGAAGUCAACCCUUUGAUAAAAAGCACGAUCACUGCAGGAAAAUUAUGCUCAGCAUCGUGUUAAUCAUUGUCGCUACCAUUAUUCUGAGAAAAUGAACUUUGCCACGCCCUUCUGGUGACAAUGCUGCGUACUGCUUAUGCUGAAUGACUUUAGAGAAAAUUGUGAAUGUAUUCCUUCAAGUUACCUCAACA